AUGGCCUUCUCCGGUGCUUUGACUUUGACUGACCUAAACGACUACCUCGGACCAUCCCAAGCGUGCAUCAAACCAGUCCAAGCGGCAGAUGUACCCUCGCAAGACCAUUCCGACGUCUCCGCUUUGGCUGCAUCAGCGUCCACACACAUUGCGAUCGAUCACGAUGGAGCCUACUACGAGUCAUCCACACCACCCUCCUCGUCUUUGAGCGCUGCCGACAGCAGACCGCGUCAAAGGACCAAGCUCGAAACCGCACAGAUCUCGCUCAACGACUGCCUCGCCUGCAGCGGCUGUGUCACCAGUGCAGAGAGCGUACUGAUCACCAUGCAGAGUCAGGACGAGAUGCGCAGAGCUAUCGCCGAACUCAACCAGUCCAACGCCAACAAACUUGUCGUUGCUUCCAUCAGCACCCAAUCGCUCGCCUCCCUCUCUGCAAAGUACACUUUUCAACACCCACAGCCAUCCUCAUCUCGCUCUGCAUCCACAUCCACUCUGCCACUGCGUGUCUUGCUUCAUCGUAUCUCUUACUUUCUCAAAACCGUCUUCGGCUUUGACCACGUCUAUGAUACCACUUUUGCCCGCCAUAUCGCCCUCAAGGAACACCAGCGCGAGUUUUUCCAGCGCCGAGAAAACGCACGAAAGCGCGCCAAGCUUUCAAAUGCUCCCGCCGAUGACGACGACCGCCUCCACCCCGAUCAGGUAGAUGGCCCCACAUUGCCCAUGCUCGCCAGCGCCUGUCCAGGCUGGAUCUGCUAUGCCGAAAAGACGCACGGCGAGUUGUUGCCCUACAUAUCCACCACAAAGUCGCCACAGCAGGUGGCCGGUGUCAUCGCCAAGCGCUUUCUUCCAGAGCGUCUCGGUCUACUCGCCCCAUCUGCGCCCGACCAACCCUCCAUCUACCACGUCACCGUCAUGCCUUGCUACGACAAGAAGCUCGAGGCCUCCCGGCCCGACUUUUACGACGACAUCACCGGCACAAAGGAGGUCGACUGCGUCUUGACUACCGGUGAGCUCGACAAGCUCAUGCUCGAUGAAGCUUUCGACAUCUGCACUCCCGUUCCAGGCGAGCAAGAGGCCAUCCAAGAAUCCAUCGCCGAGCUGAGUCUGCAGCAAGCGUUCAAUACGCCCAACCCUGAUGUCGGUUCGGCGUCCGUGUCGAUGAUGCCGCGCUUGCCGCGCCUACCGCAGCUGCUCGAUCAGCCCGGCAGCAGUAGUGGUGGCUACCUCUUCUUGCUCAUGCGCGCCGUGUGGCUCGACUGGAUCUCGGUGCACUGGGACUCCUUGCCGCUGUCCGUACGCGAACAAGGCAUCUUGCCCAAGCUCGACGUUCGCGUCAUUCGUACCACCGACUUUACCGAGUUCGUCCUGCGUGCACCGACGCAGCUCGUCGAGCCUUGCAACGAUGACACGUCGCAAUCCAGCAUUCUGUUCCGAGGCGCGCAAUGCUAUGGAUUUCGCAAUUUGCAGAACCUCGUGCGCAAGUUGCAGAAGCAGACCGGCGUACGCAAUACACGCGGCGCGGCUGCAAGGCUAGUUGAUGCCGAUGGAAAUGCGAUAGGUGCUGCUGCCGCUCGCAACCGCGCAUCGUCGGCGAAAGCCAGAGCACGCGGACGCGGUGGUAUGAUGAGAAGAGCACGAGCUGGCGCAGCUGCCGUUGUCAAGAGCAGCCCCCUCAAUCCGGAUGCCGAGGCAGUCGAUGUGACCCAGCUACAGCUAAGCACAGCGCACGAGGAAGACGAGAGGGGGUACGACUACGUUGAGGUAAUGGCUUGUCCGUCGGGAUGCGUCAACGGUGGCGGUCAGAUUCGACCGCCCACGCAAUCGGAUGUCGACGUCACUCGCUCCAGCACCACCGUCGACAAUCAUGCCACCGAUCCGGAAGGCUACACGAAAGGCGGUUGGGCUGCUGACCAAGCCGGCGACCACGACGGAUUGGAGCUCAUGCUCAACAAGACAUGCUCCAACAAGACGAGCGCUGUACCGGACGAGGCUGACGAGGAAAAAGAGGUCAGAGGAUGGCAGGGUACUAGCAAGGAGUGGGUACGACGGGUGGAAGAAGCGUACUGGCAAGAUUCGAGCGUUGCGCAAACGCGCGUUACGGUGGCCGCAGUGAAUCGUGCUGUUGACCAAGGUGGAGCCAACGACUCGGGUUCGUCGACACCUACGCUGGUGGGCAGCGGUGCCAACACUCCGCUGUCGAGCAGCAACGCAAAGUCUAUUCGAGUCGAGGACCACCAGAGGCUGUUGGAGUCGCUGGCCGUCUCGAACGCAGAGCGAGCGCAGCGCACGCGUGUGGUCAAGCUCGGCGGCGACGCGAUGGCUUAUGCCGAUGUACUGGCCGAGUUGGUCGUCAACGAGCUGUGUCUGCUCGCUGCUCCCGCGGGUGAUGCGCUUGCCUUGGACAGCGCCAGGGAUAAGCUGUUCAGGACGCAGUACAGAGCGGUUCAGGAUGAGGCGGUCAACGGACUGGCUGUUCAAUGGUAA